UCACAAAAUGGAACCCACCAACAGUGUAAGGAGACCUGAAAGUGGCACAUGGCGCAGGGGUGGCGGUGGAGGCAGCAGUAUUCGGAAGCCAAACACAGGCCUAGGUUAAAAAAGCGGAAGCCAUCAGCAGCAUGAGCAGACGACAGAGGCACAUGGCGCAGGGUGGCGGUGGAGGCAGCAGCAAUGGAAGGCCAUACAGCACCCUAUCACAAAAUGGAACCCACCAACAGUGUAAGGAGACCUGAAAGUGGCACAUGGCAGAGUCUGGCGAUGAAGUCAGCAGCAAUGGGAGGCCGUACAGGGACCCAUGACACACUCUGGACCUGGCAGCAGCAA